UAAUAAAAACUGUUCUUCCACCCCACUGCGACCGCGACCCCACCUUCCGGAUCUCAUCGACGACCUCCUCCCUCCCGAUCCCGCCCUCCCGCCGCGCGCCGCGACCCCCGCCACCGCGCUGCCUCCCCCGAAACCCCCAACCCACCGAGGCAUCUCCGGCGAGCGGGCGGCGACGAUGUACGGGUGGGAGAUGCUGUCGUUCAAUAUCCACGAUGGGUUCCUGGAGGCCAUCGUGCGGGGGAACCGCUCGGGACUCCUCACCGCCGCCGACUACAACAACCUCUGCCAGUGCGAGAACCUAGACGACGUCAAGAUGCACCUCACCGCCACCGAGUACGGGCCCUACCUUCAGAACGAGCCUUCUCCCUUGCACACAACAACAAUUGUGGAAAAGUGCACUCUUAAACUGGUUGAUGAGUACAAACACAUGCUGUGCCAGGCCACCGAACCACUAUCUACAUUCUUGCAGUAUAUUACGUACGGGCACAUGAUUGAUAAUGUUGUCCUUAUUGUUACUGGGACAUUGCAUGAGAGAGAUGUUAAUGAACUGUUGGAGAAAUGCCAUCCAUUGGGCAUGUUUGACAGCAUCGCAUCUCUUGCGGUUGCUCAAAACAUGCGUGAGCUUUACAGAUUGGUUCUAGUUGAUACACCAUUGGCCCCGUACUUUUCAGAGUGCAUUACAUCUGAGGAUUUGGAUGACAUGAAUAUUGAGAUUAUGAGGAACACUCUCUACAAAGCAUAUCUUGAGGAUUUUUACAAAUUUUGCCAGAAACUCGGUGGUGCGACAGCUGAGAUCAUGUGCGAUCUCCUUUCAUUUGAAGCUGACAGAAGAGCUGUUAACAUUACAAUAAAUAGCAUUGGGACUGAGUUGACUAGAGAUGACCGCCGGAAGCUGUACUCCAACUUUGGUUUAUUGUAUCCAUAUGGUCACGAAGAACUGGCUGUUUGCGAGGAUGUUGACCAGGUGCGUGGUGUGAUGGAGAAGUACCCACCAUACCAGUCUAUAUUUUCUAGGAUUUCAUAUGGAGAAAGUCAGAUGUUGGAUAAGGCCUUUUACGAGGAGGAAGUGCGGAGGCUAUGUUUGUCCUUUGAGCAGCAGUUCCACUACGCCGUUUUCUUUGCAUACAUCAGGCUACGUGAGCAGGAGAUAAGGAACCUGAUGUGGAUCUCCGAAUGUGUCGCUCAGAAUCAGAAGGCCAGAGUCCACGACAGUGUCGUAUUUAUCUUUUGAGCACCCCCUGUAACACUAUAUAUGGUUGUACAAAAUGCCUACUUUGAUGAUGGCACAAUCAGUUGCACUCGUUAUAAACCUGGGACUUAUUAUGUCCAUUGUCUCUUUCUACGCGGCAGAAGAGCCAGACCUGGAGUCCACGUAUUAUUUGUUUUGUAGUAAAAAUAAUAAAGGCGUGAUUGUCUGGUAUACUAAAUAAAAUGUUGUCUAUUUUUAGACUGAAAUCUUGUGUAUUUUGGGGCAAGCUUUCAUUGCUAAUGUCCAGUUUGCUGGCAAUGUACAUCAGAUGGUCUGUUCUUUAUUAAUGUCCAACUUAUGUC